UGUCACUCUUAAACAACAUAAGGAGCGCACCUGUUACCUCCACGGAGCGCAGGAUCAUGAUCCCUCCUGGAGACUGCAUGUAUGCGGGCAGGAAGAGGAGGAAGCCCAUCCAAAAGCAGAAGCCGUCCUCUGCCAACGAGAAAACCAACCCGUCCAAGCGGCACAGAGACAGGCUGAACGCUGAGCUGGACCGGCUGGCCAGCCUGCUGCCAUUCCCCCCGGAUGUCAUCUCAAAACUGGACAAGCUGUCGGUGCUGCGCCUCGCCGUUUCCUACCUCCGCGUCAAGAGCUUCUUCCAAGUGACCCAUGAGAAGCCCUCCAGGAAGCAGAUCAUCAGCGCGGCAUCCUCUAACCCUGAACCCAGGAAAGAGAGCCUUCCACUGGGCCCCGCCGUCAACGAGAGUGGCCUCCUGCUGGAGUCUCUGACAGGCUUUGCGUUGGUGGUGAGCAGUGAUGGCAUGGUCUUUUAUGCCUCCUCGACCAUAGUAGACUAUCUGGGGUUCCAUCAGACUGACGUGAUGCACCAGAACGUGUUCGACUACAUCCACAUAGACGACCGUCAGGAGUUCAGACGUCAGCUGCACUGGUCCAUGUGUCCUCCACAGCACCAGGGGGCGUCAGCACACCAGGACGGCCAGAUACCAGCAGGGACAGGUGAGGACUUCGUAGUAAGCAGCCUCUUCCACUCUCCGGAGGCCGGGGGAGUUUCUCCUGAGCUCUCUUGCUUCCUCAACAGAUGCUUCAUUGCCAGAGUGCGGUGCCUCUUGGACAGCACCUCCGGCUUCCUGACGAUGCAGUUCCAGGGUCGGCUGAAAUUCCUCCAGGGUCAGAAAAAGAAGUCGGCCUCCGGGGCUCUUGUUCCUCCUCAGCUGGCUCUCUUCUGCAUAGGUGUCCCCCUCUUGCUGCCCUCCAUCACUGAGAUGAAGAUGAAGAACAUGUUAAUGAGGGGGAAGACCAAAGGAGGAGCGGGAGGGAUGAUGUCUGCACUGGAGCGCGGAGAGCGAGGGGAGCAUCUCCGCAGACACUCCUUCAGCGGAGGGAUGGGAGACAUCACAGACCCCCUCCUCCUCUCCUGUCCUACCCCUGGUGUCAAUCAGCGAGGUCACCACACACCCUGGACCCCACUCUCCAAAGACAACCUCAAGUAUCGCUCUGACGGCUACUACAACCAGGAGGAGCCACUCAACUACUGCAAGUCCUCAAUGGGUCCACAUAAAGUUGUGAGUCCAGGUCUGGGCGGUGGCUGGCCUCUGCGUCCAAACUCAGGUCCAAUCAGAGGAGGUCAGGGCGUCGGCUACAACCCUCAAAACCGCCUGAAUAAAGUUGGCCCUUAUGGUAAGCCAUACCGCCUAUCUCCAGGCUGUCACAGCGGCCGAGGAGGCGAGGUGUUCGUCUCUAAGCUCUACGGAAACGUCCAGCUCCCCUCAGACCCUGAUGCGUACUGCGUGGACCUGGUGAAGAGUGAGAAUGGAUAUGGGGAAUGCUACGAAGGCCAUCUAAUGCCGCCCAUCAAGGUGGAGCACGACUCCGACUCUGAGAACGGCUGUGAUGCAUACGGGCAACCCUGGGCUGGUCGUGACCCAGACUCUAUCGACCGCCGCUAUGCCAAUGGGAUCUACGACCACACCUCAGGCCUCCAUCUCAAAUCUGAGGCAGAAUACUACGACACUCAGUACUCGCCCUGCCAGCGAGGGAAGGCAGGAAUCAGCCCAUCGUACAACAACGGCAACUAUCAGAACUAUGCCGUCAACAAUGGUGGCAACACAAGCGGCCGUCUGUUGAAAUGUGACAAAGACUUGGGCAACAACAACGACAACAACAACCAGUUCAGUCCUCAGAGACUCUCUCACUCAGACUCUCUAUGCAGCAACCAACCCGUCAACCUCAUGGACUCACACCUUUAUCAGCAGGACCCCCACAAGGCCUACAUGCACCCAGACUACAACAAGCAUGGCACUUAUGAGUUCAAAGGUCAUGGGCUGAUCCACUCAAUCAAGCGGGAGCCCAUGGACUCCCCGCCGUGGUCCGAGAACACUCACGACAUCGGCCAGGCCAUGAUGGUCGGUCAGAGGAACGUUAUGCCGUGUGUGAUGAGCACAGGACACCACAAGUCCAGCCCCUACAUUUACAUGCCGUAAGAGAGAUCAGCUGAUGAUUUUAAACAUCUCAAACACACACACACACACAUCGCAAACAGUCAGUGUGCAUUACUUUCAGUGCACCACAGGCACCAGCAUCACAAACAGACAAACUUUACUCACAAGGAUUCCUAGGAUGUCAACAUUCAGAUCACUUCCUCUGCUGAUGAAGAGGUAACAAACAGGCUCAGGUUUAGCGUCAGUGUCGUGACAAUCACAAAUAAAACUUUGAAUCCA